GCGCCCAAUGAAUCUUCGUAACGACGCACACGCCAUAUCAUUAUUGACGUUUGCGUGACUGCGAUGACAGAAAAGAAAACAAAUGUACGAGUUUUCAGAGCAAUGAAUUGCUGUUGAUCACGAUUCAAUAUUUUACUUAUCUCGACACAGAUGUCAGAAUUAUCGAGAUAUGCUUAAUGUUUUUCAAUAUGAUAAGAAAGCGUUUUAUACAUACGUUCUAAGCUUACAUAUUUUUAACCUUUAAUUUUAAUAAUUUUAACCUUUAAACUUUAACAUAUAUUUGAUUGUGCAUUUAAUUACGUAUAUUAUUAGUAAAAUGUCUUCCCAUACGACAAAAUUGACCGAACAAUUGGUUAAAGAUUAUGCGAAUUAUGCCAAAGUGGAUUGGGACAAUCAGAUGAAACAUUUCCGUGAUAUUGUUGAAGAUACAUUAAUACGACUGGAGGAGUUUCAAUCAAUUGUUACAAUGGUGGAAAAUGGAAGUGCAGAGUGUAUACAGCAGCAUCUUCCAAAAUUACAAUACAUGAAGGAUGGUAUGACAAGUCUUUGUAAAAGAAUAGAUGCAUUGGAGCAUGUUGUCGCAAUGGCCAAUAUGAACUUAAAUUCAUUAGAAGUUGCUGUAGACAAGGCAGAAGCUGAAUUAGGCGUAUCAGAUAGAUUAUUUGGGAUACUAAACCCUUUAUCAUUUUUCAAAAAAGCUCAAGAACCCAUAGUGUUAAGUACAGCGCCAAUAUAUAAAUCGCCAGUAAUUUACAGAUCUGAUGACUAUUUUCAAAGAGAAUAAAAUACAUAUGCAUAUGAAAAAAGGCUUGGAUCAUAAUAUAUCUGCUAGUUCAGAUUAAAUUCAGAAAAUAAACUGAAGUAAAUCAGUAAUAUCUAGUUACAACUGUAAAUAAAGUUGUUUAAACAUUGAAUAAAUUUGAUGGAUUUUUAUUUUUAUGUUGUGCAUUAGCUGUUCAUCAUAAGAAUAAUAGCCAUUUAGUUCAUAA